UGUAAACAGCGCAAGUGCAGGCAGAGAAAGAAGAGAGGAAGAGGGGGCAGGGUGGCUGCAGGGAGAAAGAGGGGAGAGAAUGGUUGGGGAUCAGCCUGUAUGCCCGCCUCAGCUCCUACUGCGGGGCUGGGGAACAGUGCUGCUGUCUCAGUGUUUGUCCUCCGUGUUCUCCCAGAUCCCGGAUCCUGAGCUUUUACCCACAGAUCCCCCAAAGAAGCCCGACCCUGUCACUUCAGAGACCGUUGUUUUCUGGGGGCUGCGGUUAUGGCAGGUCAUUGGUAUCUUUUCCAUGUUUGUUCUGGCAGUUGUCAUCACUCUGUGCUGUAUAUUCAAAUGCCGAAUUCCCAGAACAAAAAAGGAAAUUGAAGCAAGGCAUGCACAAAGGCAGGCUGCCAAGAAAUACGCCAACACAUUAGAGACAGUGCCACCUCUUAAUGAGCUGACUGAGAUCCCAGGCUCUGCAAAAGCAGAAGCCACUGAGGAGGUAAAAACAGUUUCUGGGAAGGUGGAUGCUGAAAAAGGAGAGAAAAAGACUAAGGAGGGCAAGAAAGAGGGCAAGAGUGCCAAAGAGGGGAAAGGAGAUGAAAAGGACGCAUCUACAAAGAAGAAGGGAGAAAAAGGCGAGAAGGGAGCAUCCAAGAAGGAAGAUGGGGACGGGAAAGGGAAGAAACCAGGAGAGAAGGGAGACAAAGGGGAAAAGGGAGCAAAAGGAGGGGCUAAAGGAGGGGGCAAGAAAGCUCAAAAGUAA